GAGCGCUUGGCGCGAAGAGAAGUCGGCUUUCGGACGUUGGAAACGGAGUACAACGGAGUACAACACGAUGACCGGCAUUUGGGCCAGAGAACUGAGAAAGGUGGUAAAAUUGAUGAUCCAACCCGACAUGAUUAAUGGUGCUGGAUGGUUCACUGCUCAGGUGAAACAGGUGAAGUUUACAAAACGAGCUCUCACAAGAGGCAGGUCAAAGGGGCUAAACGCAGAAGGAAGGCAGAUGGAAGGCGGACGCAGCAUAGGGACGGACCUGUAUGCAUGUCCAGUGUCACACAACGCCAGGGGACAGCGAGGCUGAGACACGUCGGGAAGAAAAAGGGCGCCAUGAUUUACAAGACAGUUAUGCCCUAGAAAUGCUGAAAAACAGAGGGGAGACAGAGGAAGAGAAGGUGACAGAGAGCGGGAGAGAAGCACAAGCCAACUCGGCGGCACAAGUCCUUCGCCUUCUCCGGAACACCGCACUUGUGCCAGAGAGGAGGGAGGCGAGUGCAGCGUGGAGCAGGGGGGCAGCGGCACAAGCGAAUGUCCUUUCACACCUCCGCGUCCCGCCGUCUCGCUGGCCUCUUGUGCAAAAGGGCCGCACCGAAGAGUGUCUGGUGCCGGAGGGAAGUGGACCCGUGAAAGGAGUUGGGGUACAGGGAGAGAGGGAGCGCGGAAGAGGGAGAACUAGUGAGAUGAUUUUGGGCAGUAUUAACCGAACUGGGGCGGUCCCAGCGUUCCUGCGGACCCCUGCCAUGAUCCAGCCCCACCUGGACAUCAAGCCCUUCCUGCAGUUCCCCAUGGAGACCCCACCACCUCCUCACAGUGUUGGGGUCUUCCACAACUUCAACGCGAUGGACCCUGUGCAGAAGGCUGUGAUCAACCACACCUUUGGAGUGCCGCUGGUUAAGGCCAAGCGACCCAUCAUCUCUUGCAACGUCUGCCAGAUUCGCUUCAACUCUGAGAGUCAGGCGGAGGCCCACUACAAGGGGAACCGGCAUGCCCGACGGGUAAAAGGCAUCGAGACCUCCAAGAGCCGGCCUCAGGACAACGACCGGGCCCCCCCUGCCCAGAUGGCCUCCCCCUCCCCUCCGGGACCCCCGGCAGCAAGCCUUGACAACGACCCCAGCAAAUCAGAUGAAGCCACAGCACUCCCGCAGCUGAACGGGCCCCACCUGCCCCCUUGCCCUCCUCCCUCUGCACCUCCUACCCCAGAUUCGCCCGUACUCCCUACCUGUCCCCUCCUGCCCCCUUCAGCAAAUCCUCCCUUGGCCUCCACUCCCUCCCCAUCCCUUGGCUCUGGGACCACCCGUGCAGACCAGCCUGGCCCAGGUCCCGCUGGUCCCCCUGGGGCCCCUGGAGUGGCCCUUAGCACCCCAGAGUCUGAGGAGGACAAGGCCAAGAAGCUGCUCUACUGCUCACUGUGCAAAGUGGCUGUCAACUCCCUGUCCCAGCUGGAGGCGCACAACAAGGGUACCAAACACAAAACAAUCCUGGAAGCUCGGAGUGGCUUGGGCCCCAUCAAAGCGUACCCUCGACUGGGCCCCAAGCCCAACGGCGAGCAGGGAGGGGCUGCAGCGGACCCCAACACUCAGGAACGCACCUUCCACUGUGAGAUCUGCAACGUGCGGGUCAACUCUGAGCUGCAGCUCAAACAGCACAUAUCGAGCCGGCGUCACCGGGACGGGGUGGCCGGGAAGCCCAAUCCCCUGCUCGGCCGGCACAAGAAGCACAGGACCGCAGAUCUCACGUCCUCUCUGUCCUUCUCGAAGGACCUCACCAAAGCUCUGGGCGCCGGUCUCCUGCCCAGUCCCCUGGCGGUUGCCGCAGCAAUGGCAGCCGCUGCCUCCUCGACACCCCUGGCUCUGCGUGCUGCGGGUCCAGCCCCCCACCCGCACCAUCACCUACUGCAAGGCCCCCCUCUAAGCCACGCCCUCUUAAGACCCGCCCCCGGGCCCAUUCGCACGUCCCAUGGGCCGAUCCUCUUCUCUCCGUACUGACAUCCUCCACCCUCCCCUCCCAGCUUUGGCCAGUCAGCCGCUGCACCUCCGAAAAGCACACUGUGAACAAGUCUGUUGGUACACGGCACAUGGGUAAAGCCAGGAGUAAACGACUCCACCAAAUUCAUUGGACCGAGCGAAAGAAGAGGAUCCCCGAAAGGAGGCUGUGCGCCCAUCUCUCGCACCCUUUUCCUCAAGCUUCCACACUCUUAAAGACUCUCUGAGCAACUCACGGGCAGUGGGAGUGUGUGCUGGAAGGAAAAGGUGCAGUACACACUACGGGUGUAAAAGCCCCCUGUAAAUAACCCUUUACCCCAUCCCUGCUCCUUUCAUACACUGUGACAUUAUUCCAGUGGUUGGUCACCUGGCUGGUCAAAUAAGUAUCUUUAGAGACGUACUAGACACACGCACACGCAAACACACGAUGGGCACAACCUGUCACUCGCUGUGUUGCAGUACCGCACUCAUCCCUCCAGGUCAGUGUAACCCCCCCCUCCGUGAGCUCCAGCACCACCAAGUGUUCUGUUAGUAGUGUAGCUGCUUCUGGUGACCGUCGCUGUAAAAACGUUGCGUCCUGUCCAACUUUGGCAUCCUGGAUGUUCGGCUCCGCUCUGAGCUUAAGGAUGCGAGCAGGCGGCCCGUUCCGGUACACGGGCUCCUCAGAAACUGUCGCUGGGGGUGACGUUGGGCCCGUUCAAACCAAGAGACCGAAGUGGACAUGAAGGAGGGGGACAUUCAGCAGGGCACUCUCCAGUGGACAGACAAAACGCAAGACUCGCUGCUGCAUACGUCUGGGGGAGGUCAUCAUGCCGCGUGAGCCCGACACAUUUCCGCACGCUCCUGUACCCGGACAAGCGACAGACCCUCAGCGUAUCGUAGCACAGAGCAGGAUGUGGGAGCUGGUGGCAAUCAGCCAGCUGGACCUUAAAGGCAUUACGGCGCUCGAUGUCCGUGUGGAUUCCAUUAUCAAAAGUGAUGAAGAUGGUAAAGAGAGGAGCAGUUACCACGACCCUGCAAUGGGAGUCUUAGAGCUGGUGCGUUUCCAGGAGCUCUCCCCACCGUGAAGUGUGAAGGCGCUCCGCGGUAUGACUGUAUGUGUGUAUGCGCGUGCGUGUGUAUAUGUGUGUGUCAGUAUCUGUGUGUGAAAACAAAACAGGGACCCGAAGCACAUUCGUAGUUCUCAACUUCAAUGGCCUUUUUAUUUCUCCCAUCAGUUGUGGGUUGAGGUGAUUAUGCAAGACGCUUCUGACCAGCAAUAGAGCACUGUGCAUGCUCCGCCCCCUCCCCCUCCCCUGUGUGCUCCACCCAAACAAGGUCUGUGGGGACCAGGAGCGCUCAUGUCUUGCCAUACUCUGCUGCAAAGCCCUUCCAGGUGAGGUCCUUACCCCAACCUGCCACUAGAGCGGCGCUGCAGGCCCCACCCAUUUCAGGACUGAGCAGACUAGCAGCAGCGCGGACUUCCGGGGGGGGGUCUCUUCCAGCAUCGCCAGGGAGGAACUCUUAACUAGUUUGUGGAAGAAAAAGCCUCUGAGCUCUUCUGUGGUUUCACGUGGACUUCCGUUCCUGAAUUCUAAGCCAUGCAAUGCAUCUGUUGUUUUGUUUUUAUUUCUGACUCUUAUGUAUCUUUUCGUUGUGUUGUUUCAUUUUGGCAGAGCACUAUAUUACAGUGAAUAAGUAGCCAUGUAAAGUUACAAAAACCGACAAAAAUAUUUUUCUAUUUAGGCAGAAGAGGUAUUGCGAACUGCAGGGAAAGGAUCUUGUGACAGGGAGGGAGGGACAUUUGGUGAAAAGACGUCUUUGGGGAAAAUGUUUGACGGGAUAUCAAGAAGUGAGACAGGACGGAAGAGGGGUGCCUGCUUUGCACUGCACGUCACACACUUUUACCGAACAUCUACUGGCGAAGAACAAGAGGCACCGUUUAAAGAGGUUCCAAACUCAAGAGCUCCUCAGAAGCACCCCUGGUGUCUCCAGCUGUGUAAAUGACUAAAAUGGGAAACUUGGUUGGUUGUUGAAUGGUGUCACCAACCCAGCAUCAUCUAAGCAGCUACGAGAUACCCGAAUAAUACAAUCCCGCUGGAUAACUGUGUUUUUCUAAUCCACAAUGCAAUGGCAGCAGCAGCUACAGAACAUUUAAUGAAUUUCAGGCACCCAAACCUUUUGUAACUUCCGUUUCUUUUUGUUUUUAACACGUAUGGAAAAGUGGAAGCGCUGCCUUAGGUUCAUCAUAAGAAAUGCCUGGAGCAAGCAUGCAUAGUGGCGCUUCAGUUCAGUCUACCUUGUGUAUUACCCUGUGUGCAAUGCGAGGGCCCAUCUCUACUGGUCGAGAAGGUGCAACAUACUGUAGGUUUCCAGAGAACUUAGCAAGGAGCUCAACUCUUCAAAGGUUUCAAAGCAGAUCCAACUUGAUUCCAGAAAACCUUCAGCUUUGACCUGUCCCAAUGGUAAACUGAUGGAUUCCUGAGCCAAAAAGGAGUGCGUUGCAACUUGCAGAUCCGAAAAGCUCCAAAAAUACGUCAAUUACAUUGCCUUCUGAAAAGAUGUGGCCACUCCUUCAACUGUUAGAAAUGAGGCAGAUGUCAAACCAGGUGUACUUUCAGUUCUGAGGUGUGUCUUAGUCUUAGCUUUAGUUUGUCGAGGUCGUUCUAGCCGUGCCUCUCCUUGAAUGGAGGGCUGGAGUUUGUUGGGCGAAACCUCGGCAUGCCAAUGAAGUUGUUGUUCAGUUUAACCCUGGAAAAGACAAAGUGGCGUCUGCCAGAUCAGAGCAAUAUUUAAUCCUACUGGCUACUGUCUUUUUUUGCAAUAAGUAGAUCAACAAAUAAAAUGUAGAUGACAAUAAAAUAUGUUAAAUGCAAAUUAAAUGGAAAAAAAUCUUUAUGAAAUGGUAUCGAUAUCAAGGGGCAACUUGACAUACUUGCAGUAAUAAAGAAAUUAAAUAUAUGUGUAUAAAUCAGUGGAAGGAAAGAUGUCUUGAGCUUCCCACUUGAUAAUUAAAAAUAUUACAACUUCAGUGUUUGGUUUUUUAGCGUUCUCCCUGUUUUGUCUGGUUUUUGUUUUGCUUCAGUGUUCACCCAGUCCUCAUGUAAAGGAGUUCUUUUGUUCAAGAAAUCACCUCACUGAAUGAACUCCCAUUUUGAGGGGGUCAGUAUCAUUACUUCUUGAGGGAAAAAAGUUGAUGGACCAGAAAUAUCAGUUAGUUAAAAUAACACUGUUUUUAUUCAUGAUUAUGAUAAUACCAACAUAAUCUGUAAUAAUGGUAAC